CGCACGGAGCGUGUUCUGAGUUCCCCAAGCGAAUACAAACUUUAUGUUAAAGUAUUCUUCCUUUUUUCCAGAUGCUUUGGAAGUGAGGUUCCUCAGAGCAGCCUCUGAGGCAGUGCUUCCACUAUCUGGCCUUAGCACGCCCCCUCUCCCCCCACCGGGUUCCCACCGAAGGCCGCAGCAGGUCGCAUCGCCACGCCUUCGCUCAGGAGGUGCCUCUGCUGACGGCCGAGAACGCCCAUUCUCCCGCCCGGGACAGUCGCGGCGCUCCCGAGCCGCACACUGCUUUCGAAGCACCGGUUCCGAAUAUUCUGCCUCGGAAAUAUCACGGGCUCCAAAACGCCUAUUUCCCCUGGCUGGAAUGACAGCCUCCAGAAGCAAUGUGAGGCACUAGCCACUUCCCGGCCGGUACCCGCGUUGCUGGCGCAGAGCGAAUGACGUCAUUUUGUUACUGGCAGAGCUGGGCUCGGCGGAUGGUUCUGAGCGGGCAAAAGCUAAGCGAAUGCGCCAUCCAGACCCACCGAAGAGGGCUGGAAGGGGAAGGGAUUUUCGGGGGAUGUUGAGCCCAUUUGUGCAAGCUGGGAGCCCGGCCUGGCUUGAGAAGGAGCUUUUGGGUCCUGAGAGCAGAGUCAGGGAACCCCUGACAUUUGAGGAUGUGGCUGUGAACUUUACUCAAGAAGAGUGGCAGCAGCUGGACCCUGCUCAGAAGACGCUACACAGGGAUGUGAUGCUGGAGAUCUAUAGCCAUCUGGUCUCUGUGGGGUGUUCAGGUAUAAAACCAGACAUAAUCUCCAAGUUGGAACAUGGAGAGGACCCAUGGAUCAGAGAGAGUGAGUUGCCAAGGUGGACCUACUCAGACAGAGAGAAAAGCCCUGACUCUUUCCAGCAGAUCAUUUCUGGAGAAUUUUCAUUUCAAAGGGAAAUAUUGGAAAGAACCCCAAGGGAUAAUUCAUUGUACUCUAUCUUUAAAGUCUGGCAUAUUGAUGGUCAGAUAUAUAGAUAUCAAGGAAACCAAGGUAGAGCUUUGAGACAAAUCACAAUCUUCAGCCAUGAGACAAUGACCAAGAAUAGAGGCCCUAAAUUUAAUACAUUUGGAAAAAUAUUCAGUGGGUGCAUAGACCUUGAUCCUUCAAGUAAAACACUCCAUCACUUUGAUUCAUGUGAAAAGAGCUUGAAAUCUAAUUUAGACUCACUGACUUGUAAUAGGAGCUGUAUAAGAAAGAACCCCAUUGAGAGAUUUGGAUGUGGGAGACUACCUAGCUAUAGUUCUUCCUGUUAUAUGCCUGAGAAAAUUCACAUCAGAAUGAAAUCCCAUGGACCUAGUCAAUGUGAAAACGUUCUCAGUCAAAAACAAGCCCAUAUUCAGUAUAAGAAAGUUCAAGCUGUGGAGAAACCCAAUGUUUGUAGCGUGUGUGAGAAGGGCUUUAUUAAGAAGUCACAGCUUAUUAUACAUCAAAGAAUUCAUACUGGAGAGAAGCCAUAUAUAUGCGGGGAUUGUGGGAAAGCUUUCAGUGAGAAAUCACACCUCGUUGUGCAUCAGAGGAUUCAUACUGGGGAGAAACCCUAUGAAUGUACUGAGUGUGGGAGGGCCUUCUCCCAGAAGUCACCCUUUAUUGUUCAUCAGAGAGUCCACACGGGAGAGAAACCUUAUGAAUGUUUUGAGUGUCAAAAAGCCUUCUCUCAGAAGUCACACCUCAUUAUACAUCAGCGAGUUCAUACCAGAGAGAAGCACUUUAAAUGCCAUGAAUGUGGGAAGGCCUUCUGUGAGAAGUCCCACCUUAUACACCAGAUAACUCAUACUGGAGAGAAACCCUUCGAAUGUACCGAAUGUGGGAAGACCUUCCCUCGGAAAACGCAGCUUGUCAUCCAUCAGAGAACGCACACUGGAGAAAAACCCUAUAAGUGUAGUGAAUGUGGGAAAACCUUUUGCCAGCAAUCCCACCUCAUAGGACAUCAAAGAAUUCAUACAGGAGAGAAACCUUAUAUAUGUACUGACUGUGGGAAGGCCUUUUCCCAGAAGUCACACCUCACUGGCCAUCACAGGCUUCAUACUGGAGAGAAACCUUAUAUAUGUACACAAUGUGGAAGAGCCUUCUCUCAGAAAUCACCUCUUAUUAUACACCAGAGAAUUCAUACAGGGGAGAAACCAUAUGAGUGUAGUGAAUGUGGCAAAACUUUCUCCCAGAAAUCACCCCUCAUCAUUCAUCAGAGAAUUCAUACAGGGGAGAAGCCCUAUGAGUGUACUGAGUGUGGAAGUGCCUUUUCCCUGAAGUCACAUCUCAUUAUACAUCAGAGAGCUCAUACUGGAGAGAAACCAUAUGAGUGCAGUGAAUGUGGAAAGACCUUCUGUGAGAAGUCUCUGCUAGUUGUUCAUCAGAGAAUCCACACUAGGGAGAAAGCUUCUGAAUCUACUGACUAUGGGAUAACCUUUUCCUGGAAAUCACAGAUGAUCACAUACCAGAGAGUGCCCAUGAGGGAGAAACCCUCCAAAUGCAGUGACUGUGGAAAGGUCUUCUGUCACCAGAGACACUGCACUGGACAUCAGAAUCCACGUAAGAGAGAAACCUUAUAUACUUACUGAUUGCGGGAAGAUUUUUUCCCAGAAGUCAGACUCAGUGUGCAUGGGGAAACUCACAUUGAACAGAAAUCUUCCGGGUACGUUGGACAUGAAAAAAAAUGUGACCAACAUGGGAAAAGAAUCUGAAAGCCAAUGGAUAUGUGUAUAUAUAACUGAGUCACUUUGUCAUACAGCAGAAAUGAUCACAACCUUGUAAAUCAACUAUACUUCAAUAAGAUUAAAAAUUGUGGCACCUCCUUAACUGCAGAAGACUCAAAUAUUCCUAAAUAUGUUUGAUUAUCCUUCUACAGAAUGAUUAUGUUCAGGCCUUUAGAGUGUUUUCAGUACUGUAAAUAUGGGAUGGAUUUGCUCACCCUUAAAGUAUUUCAACUCCCUUAGCAGAAUAAACAUGUCUGG